AGGCGGGAACUGGCGGAGAAGGGAGGAGAGUGGAACUGAGAGUUCAUGGCGGCAGCAACAGGAUUCGUAUAAAGCCUCCCGUGUUAGCAAGCCGAAACCAGUACUGUACUACUAGCAGAGUAACAGGAAUAGUUAGUCUUUCAGAUUCGAGCAUGGACUACCCUUACCUGAACCAGUCGACCUUCGAGGGCAGCUGUUCUCUCUCUGGUGUUGACCCGGGGUUUUCCUCCUGUCAACACCCUUGCUCCUAUUCCGACUUUGCUUCCUGCGGUCAGAUGCCUCAGGUACCUAACCGAUAUGGCUUACCAAUACCACCUCGUUCCUUCACGGCUCCUCCAGGUGCUGCUUUGCCGACCUCUUCCUGUAGCAUGAUGGGCCGACCUCGGCCGGACUGCGUGACUCAAGCACAAGCUCCCUCCGUCUUUUCCUCCACGAUGGGACUCCAGAGUUACCCCCGGUCCUUCCCAACGGCAGGCCUAACUUAUAAGGUGUAUCCCGGGCACGAAGGCGUGUUGACCGAGAAGCGGAAGCAACGCCGUAUCCGUACUACCUUCACGAGCGCUCAGCUAAAGGAGCUGGAACGGGCCUUUCAGGAAACGCAUUACCCAGACAUUUACACCCGUGAAGAGAUUGCGAUGAAAACAGACCUCACGGAGGCUAGGGUUCAG